AUGGCUCAAGAUGCAGCUUUGCAAGCCCUCCAGCAAACGGUGUGGCAAGCUCGUCUACCUUUGGAAAUCAGACUAGCGACAUCAGAGUGUCGAACCUUUGACGGAGCAGAUCCUUACUUGAUUGCGUAUCCGCGCCUUUCGUACCUUCCUCUUCUGCUUCCCAGACUACAUGCUUUCUUUUCGCCCUCACUUAUUGCCAAUCCUGAGACCAUUUCGCCGUAUGCGGGCUAUUUCACUUACGACAAUGUUCCCUUGAAAUGGCAUCUACCGCUGGGGCUCCUCUACGACAUCUACGUCUUGUCAACUCAAGAUGCCGCUUCGGAUCAUCUGUCGUCGGCUCCGUUGCCGUUCAGGCUAACCCUGCACUUCACACCGGAUCCAGAAACGCCCACAUUGCCAGACGCCACUCCGGUCGUCUUGCAUGACUCGUUCAUGAAUUCGGUCAAGGAGGCUGAUUUUUUGAGGUCUGGCACCGCGAAUCCUAUCCGGACUUUGUCGGCUCAAGAAACACAGGCAUUGUGGACCUCUACACAAGACAAUGAUUUGAUCACCUUUUCCAAAAUCCAUGGAAGUCUGGUCCCAUCUCCUAACCAGAUGAGAAACAUUCCGCUACGAGUCUACUUGCCGUCGACACCAGAAAAAGAUCCGGGUAAGGCUCAAAUUAAAGCUUUGCAAUCGCGUAUUCCCCCUACAGUCGCGGCCGCCACCCAGAACUCUCCGGCAGCGUUGCGAGGGGGGGGAAGUGUAGGGCAGCCUCAGACAUUGGGCACGGCGUUGCAUCAAUUAAUACCGAGCUUGUUCCCGUCUCGAAGAACUCCCAUUCUGGCGACACCUCUCUUGCACGGGGUUCCUGUUCCAAUGAGUGCUCAACUGGAGGAAUUAGUUCGGUGGGGAUGCUAUGCGGAUGGAUGGUUAUCUGUGGUCAUUGCCAUGCGUGGAUAG